CAUCAAGGAGAAGAACCCUGAGCGGUCCUGUUCACUCGCUGCUAGAGGACGUUGGUGUCACAGAGGAAAGGGGCUCGUCGACUAUUUUUGUUUUUUACCAAACUAAACACAAAGAAGAACCGAAAGAAAGAUGUUUUCCCGUGCAGUGAGACCCACCCUCAGCCUGGCCCGGAGCCUUUCCACCUCCUCGCAGAACCACGCCAAGGUGGCGGUGCUAGGCGCCUCUGGAGGCAUAGGCCAGCCGCUGUCCCUGCUCCUGAAGAACAGCCCGUUGGUGAGCCAGCUCUCCCUCUAUGAUAUCGCUCACACGCCCGGGGUGGCCGCCGACCUCAGCCACAUCGAAACCAGAGCCCAGGUGAGCGGCUACAUCGGCCCUGACCAGCUGGACGCCGCUCUGCAGGGCUGUGAGGUGGUGGUUAUCCCGGCCGGCGUGCCGAGGAAACCCGGUAUGACCCGGGACGACCUGUUCAACACCAACGCCACCAUUGUAGCUAACCUGGCGGACGCCUGCGCACGCAACUGCCCCGAGGCCAUGAUCUGCAUCAUCGCUAACCCCGUCAACUCCACCAUCCCGAUCACCGCGGAGGUAAUGAAGAAGCACGGCGUGUACAACCCCAACAGGGUGUUCGGGGUCACCACCUUGGACAUUGUCAGGGCCAACACCUUCGUGGCGGAGCUGAAAGGCCUGGAUCCGGCUCGGGUCAACGUCCCUGUGAUUGGCGGUCACGCUGGGAAGACCAUCAUCCCCCUGAUCUCCCAGUGCACCCCUAAGGUGGAGUUCCCUGCCGACCAGCUGACCGCCCUCACCGAGCGGAUCCAGGAAGCCGGCACAGAGGUGGUCAAAGCCAAGGCUGGAGCGGGUUCCGCCACCCUGUCCAUGGCUUACGCAGGUGCUCGCUUCACCUUUUCCGUCCUGGACGCCAUGAACGGGAAGGAGGGCGUGGUGGAGUGCGCCUUCGUCAGGUCCGAGGAGACGGAGUGCAAGUACUUCUCCACCCCCCUGCUGCUGGGAAAGAACGGCAUCGAGAAGAACCUGGGCCUGGGCAAGCUGUCUGCGUUUGAGGAGAAGCUGGUAGCCAGUGCCAUCGGUGAGCUGAAGGCCUCCAUCAAGAAAGGAGAGGACUUUGCAGCCAACAUGAAGUAAAGUGCAGCUGCUUGGGGUCAAGAAAUAACACCGGUGAUGGAUAUUCGGUCUUAAAAUGCAUCAGACUAUCUAAACAUCCAUCAGUGUUUCCUCUUUUUCUGUUGGCAGUAGGGUCAUUUUGUUUUGACUUUAUUUUUGUUUUUCCCCCUUUAUCGACCACAGCUUUGUCAUGUGUGUAUAAUUCAUGCCCAUUCUCUACUGUAAUGUGAUAAUUAUAUUUUUGCAAAUCUGAAUGCAUUCUGACUUUUCUGCUGUGAACAAGGAGGGACGCUGUCAUACCUGCUGAUGCUUAAACGGUUGUUGUUACUGAAGAGCAAAAUAUUCACUCCACCAAUAAACCGAUGAACUUUAAAA